CCUGUCGGGCGGGUGCGCUGGGCACGAGGGGCCGGGGCCGGGGCCGGGCGGGGAGCGCCCGGCGGGCGCCAUGGAGGGGCUUCGGCGGGGCCUGUCGCGCUGGAAGCGCUACCACAUCAAAGUGCACCUGGCGGACGAGGCGCUGCUGCUGCCGCUCACCGUGCGGCCGCGCGACACGCUCAGCGACCUGCGCGCCCAGCUGGUGGGCCAGGGCGUGAGCUCCUGGAAGCGCACCUUCUACUACAACGCGCGGCGGCUGGACGACCACCAGACGGUGCGCGACGUGCGCCUGCAGGACGGCUCCGUGCUGCUGCUCGUCAGCGACCCCAGACUAUAAACUUUACGAUGGCAUUGUUGUUCAUCCUCUUCACUGCUGCCUGGCACAUAGUAGUCUGGGUUGGAGGAGGUGGAGCCAUGACCGAGGGGACCGAAGAUGCUGGCUGAAGGAGCAGGCUGGGUGGGGGACACCUUCGGGAGGUUCUGGGCUCCUAGGGUGGACAGUGAAACACUGGCCUGACCAGCUGAUGCCCACUGCCAUGGACAGUCCUGAGGGAGCCCCACUCCCUGACACUGAGCGAGGACAUUGUCGCCCCAACCCAGCCAAUCAGGUUGUACUGUGUGACCUGAGGCCAUGCCGCAGGAACCACUGUGCCAGCUUGGGCAGCAUGUGAAGAGAAGCACAGAGGAGAGAGGAGAGGAAAUCAGGCAGCACCUCUCCCACCUUGUACAUUCUCUUGGCCCAAGCUGUGCCCCUGCGAAAGGCACCUUCCACACCCCUCUCUGCGGCUCCAGCCCAACUGGAAUUCCAGCCUCCUCCAGGAAGUCUUCUCGGAUGCCCUCCUGCCCAGCCAGUGAGCACCGCAUCCUCUUGUGGGUCCCCACGAGCUCCUCUACUGUGAACAGCCUUGGCUGUGGGGUAUAGCCAGUCGCUCAGGAAAUCUCAAAUGACUGAAGGUGGAGGCUGGGGGACGCAGCCCGCUCCCCGUUCUCCAGCGGCGUUCUGUGUUCUACCCUUUUCCCCAAAUAUCUCCUCUCAUUGCAUCUGUGCCCGCCCCCUUGGCGUGCCCUCCCUUAAUGCCUUGCCCCCUGCCUGCUGCAUGGGGUUUCCUGGUUGUGUCGGAAGGACUCUGGUCGAGUAGGCAGAGAUCUGGGGGCCCCUGUGCCUGGGACAGCACUGAGGCUUGGGUGGUAAUCUUUUCUUUUUCUUUUUCUCCAUUGCACUCAUUUGUAUUGUGACAAUAAAGCACGUUUCUGCACAGUCCCAGA